AAGGCGUGGCUCGCCCCGUCGGGCCCGCCUCGUGGUCAUCCAUCGGGGUCGUCGGCGAAGUCAGUCAACGUCUCGCACGGCCGCGCCUAUCCAUUCCUUCCUUAUCGACUCUGCCUGACCUUAUCCUUGUGCGCGCGGGUGAUCGGCCGGCUUCAAUUCCGACUAGCUGCACCACCCAGACGCACGGCGUCCUCUGCUCCGGGCACCGGACGCGCCGGCGCCACCGCCGCCGCGAACUGCUCGAUAUAUCAGCUUCCUUUCGAAUUCGAGGUUGGAAGCGGAGGAUCGAGGGAAGCCAUCAUCGCGUAGCCUCCGAUCCGCUAAGGACAUGGAAGCGGAGGAGGAGCAGAGCGCCCAGGUUCAGGGGCAGCCGGGGCGAAGGCCGCGCAGGGUGGCCCGGCGGCGGUCCGGCGUGUACGAGCACUUCACCCGUUUCAGCGACGGCGACGGGAACGACAGGGCGCGGUGCACGCGCUGCCAGCUGGUGCUCGGCGCGAGCACCAGGAACGGCACCAGCACCCUGUGGACGCACGUCAGGAUUUGCUGGGGAGAAGAAGCCGCCGCCGCUGCGCGGCGGGCACCACGGCCGCCGGUACCCGGCGCUUCUUCCCCGUCACGCUCCCGUGGAUCAUCAUCCCGGGGUCAUCGGGAGACUGAUGGCCUCCGAGACAAGAGUGCAAGUGGUGCGGACCUUGCUCGGAUGAUCGCGCUGCACGGGUACGAUCCGUCGUUCGUGGAGGACGGCUACUUCAGGAGCUUCGUCCGCCGCCUGAACCCUGAAUUUGAGGUGCCCUCGCGCGUCGCCAUUGAGGAGAUGUGCGAUGGGAUCUUUGAUGAAGCAAGGAGGCAUUCCUUCUCCAGGAUAAGGCGCGCUCCCGGGAGGGUCAGUUUGGCAGUGGGUAAAGCUAAAACACCCGAGGCAGGGGAAGUCACCUAUAUAGCAUGCCACUUCAUCGACGAUCAGUGGAAUCUUCAUAAAGUCGUCCUGGAUGCUUUCAUGGACGAUGCAGACUCGGAAGGUCCAAUAUCGGGAGCCUCAUCUGUGUUUGGUGAUCCUGUUGAUGUCGCCGAGAUUGUUAUUUCAGAGCAUGAGGAUAGGCUGUCCAUGGUGGCAUAUGAUAUUACUGACUGCGAUUUUCACCCUGAACUGAAGGAUUACAUCGACCAAGACAUAAAUUCUUAUGCCAGUAAGCUAAGUCGUACCACUGCCACCUACGUGGACGCUGUGCUUCACUCGAUUGCUCGAUGCUUUCUUCCAGCUCCACAUUUCACUAGGGACAUUAUUUCCUGGAACAUGAUCCGUUUAAAUUUGACUAGACAAGAGCGCCUGCAACUUCUUUCGGAGCUUGACCUCGACUUGGAAUGGGCAUUCGGCGAAAGGUGGUGUGCGUGCUACUGUUCUUUGCAGGUUCUAAGCAAGCCAGGCUUUGCUGUUCAGCUUGUAGUCGAAGACCCACGUGUACAACUAUUGUGCAAGGUCUGGGAGCAAGUAUACAGCGGCAUUCAGAGAAUUUCUGCCUCCACCUCUCCCACUUCGAAUCUGUGUCUUGCAGAGCUGCUUAAGACGAGGGAAAUCUUGCAUUCUGAACUAGCACGGGUUAGGGGAGACAACGCAGAGCUUCAAGAAAUAAAUGGUAAUAAUUUAUAUCGUGGCAAAAAUGUCGUAGAUGUUCUUAUAAGGGCAAGUAACAUUCUAGACGAGGCUAUACAAGAUUCGUACCUGAUCUGGUCAGUACCACUUGCACUGGACCCCCGGUACAAACUCAGGUACAUUCGAUUCCGUUUCGAAAAAGCCUUUGGUUCAGAAGCAGCAAAAUUCGUCUCCGAGGUGACGACAAAGAUCAAUAACAUGUAUGCUGCUUACAUUGAAGAGUAUGGUGCAGAUCAGUCAGAUAGUGCAAAUCCGAUGUCGGACACAAGUAGCGCUGACCCAUGGGACCAAGAAUGGAAUGAUCACUGCCGUUCAGAGGAUGUCAUGGCGGCGGCUCAGUCUAACAGCCGUAACCCAGGAACCCAGACGGAACUCGAUCGCUAUCUGCAAGAAGAUCCUCUUGCCCCUGCAACAAAGGAUUUUGACGUUCUCAAGUGGUGGAAGGCUCACAGCUCGGAGUACCCGAUGGUUGCUCGGAUGGCGAGGGAUGCUCUCGCCAUGCCCACAUGCAGCAAGCUUUCUUCUGACCAGCUCGCCCAGGUCAGGAGCAUACUCCGUGGUUAUUCCAAGAAACCGCACGGAGAAACCUUUUCAUAUUCGUCGUCGUCAGAAGGAGGUGACAUGAUUCGGUAGCUCAUAUAAGAUGUAGCGUCUAAACUAUAAUAUAUAAGUCGUUUUGGCAAAUCUAAAUAUAUAAUUUUUAUUAUGCACCUA